AUGCUUGAUAGCAUUGAUUGUACACACUGGGAGUGGAAAAAUUGUCCCAACGCGUGGCGUGGCCAGUUCACCCGAGGUGAUCAUGGGGUGCCGACUGUUAUUUUGGAGGCGGUGGUUUCAAAUGACCUAUGGUUUUGGCAUGCAUUCUUUGGUAUGGCCAGGUCAAACAAUGACUUGAAUGUGCUCCAAGCGUCUCCGAUAUUUAACGAUAUUUUACAGGGUAAAGCACCAGAAAUGUCAUAUGUUGUCAAUAGAAAUGAAUACAAAUAUGGGUAUUACCUAAGUGAUGGGAUAUAUCCAGAAUACGCUACAUUUGUCAAGUCAUACACAUUUUCGGCCGACGAUAAACGGAAAAUAUUCAAGUUAGCACAAGAAUUUGCAAGGAAGGAUGUAGAACGGGCGUUUGGAGUCCUCAAACAAAGGUGGCACAUAAUCAAACAUCCGGCACGAACAUGGGACAGAGAAAAAUUGAGGACCGUGUUGACUGCUUGUGUUAUUUUACAUAACAUGAUAAUAGAAGAAGAGGGUAGGGCUAUUUGCUUAUAUACCACAAACGAUAUACUUAACCCACCCGCAGUAAUACAAGUUGGCAGUCCGGCAUCCUUCUCAAGCGUUUUGGAAAUACAAAACCGUGAAACACAUCACAAUCUACGACAUGAUUUGACCGAAUACAUAUGGGAACGACAAUUUCAAGGGAAAAAUGACGGUGAAGACGACGAUGAUGACGAUGGUGACGAUGAGGAACAUAACGAUGGUGGAGACGAGGCAGAUGAUACCGGUGACGACAACGACGACGAUUAG